AUUAGGGGCACUUUGGGAGUUGAGAGUUGAGUUAUUUUUUUUAUUUUUACCCUCCACUCAAAUUUCAUGAAGCCUUAUUUGCUAGUCCAUACCGGAUUGACUUGUGCGAGGCUUCAAUCUAAUUUGCCAUCUUUCUUUGACUACCAGUAUUCCAUCUAAAUCCAUUCAGAUUUCAGAGAAGUGUGAUUUGGUCAUGCCUUUCACACAUCUUCUCGGGAUCGAGGCAUCACAUGACUCAAAACAGUCAAUUGUCAUAACCUUCAAGCACUUGUAAAAAUAUACUAAGUACGAAAAAUAAAAAAUGACACAAUAGGAUAAUGGUGACUUGUGAAACACUAAAAGCAAUAAAUUCCUCAUUUUAGUCGGCUAGUAAAGAAGUGGAAAAAGGCAGUUAGAAGGAUGGAAACAGAGAGAAAGACGGCAUCUACCACAUACUAGUACUCUCAGAGGUGAAUCCAAUUCCCUCCCAUUAAAAAAAAAAACAACGCCCACACAUUGGUCUUUCCUUACUUCACUUGCCUCACUCUUUCCAAUACAAAAACCACCCUCACACUAAUCAACCAACAUUUCCCAUUCACACCGUCAUUUCUUAACCAUGAACCUAAACCACCUCCCUCUAUUCCUCCUCUUCCUCGUCCCCCUCGUCCAUUCCCAAGUAUGUCAACGCUUCUGUGGUGACAUCCCCCUUCGUUACCCCUUCGGCGGUGGUCCGGGGUGUGGUGACCCUAGGUUCACCAAGCAUGUUACAUGCAAUCAAAGGCAACUUUCCUUCAUCACCCACACCGGUUCCUACCCAGUCACCAACAUCGACUAUAACAAACAGGUACUCUAUGUCUCUGACCCUACUAUGUCUACCUGUUUCUGUACUCAGCCUAGCAAAGGGUUCAGCCUUGACUGGGAUGCUCCAUUCUCUUUUGACGACAGCAGUGUCUUCGCACUGCUGGACUGCUCGCUGGAUUCGUCCCCUAUAUAUAAAGGCGCUAUUAACGGAAACACUUCUAACGUCCCUCAGUGUGAUAAUGCAGGUACCCCUCUCUGCAGCUCGCUCUACUCCUGCCAGCCUAUCAGUCAGCUAAAUGUCCCGAUCAAUACAUGCUGCGUGUACGCGCCUAUGGAUCUGGGGCCUGCCUUCGAGAUGGACCUACAGAAGGCACAAUGCAAGGCAUACACUGCGAUUUACAGCUUUGAAGAUCAGGAAGCGAAUCCAGAAGUAUGGAAGUACGGGGUAGCAUUGAAGUACAAGUUCAACGUGAAGAACGACUAUCCGGUUUAUUGUAGCAACUGUGAGAAGAGUAACGGGGCUUGUGCAUACACCGGAAUUUACAACACUUUUGUGUGUAAUUGUCCAAGUGGAGUGAACACUUCUACUGAUUGUUACUUUCAAAAUUCUUGGAAUUCUGGGCUAAGGAAUGCUCCUUGGAUCAAAGGAACCUUGAUCUUCUAUUCUAUUGUGCUACUCCUGCUAUCGAUCUCGCUGUAAAAUACAAGAUCACAGCAAAAUGACAGACAAAAGAACCAGUUCAAACACCAGCAUUCUCUUCCCCUUCUUUUUGUACUUUUUAAGUUCAUUAGAUUUUGCAUGUAUUGCAAUGUUUUUGUUUGUUUUUGUUUUAUUGAGACAGGUAAUUGUAAUAUAUGAAAUGCAAAUAAAUAUAACAGUUUACUCCAA